UUCGCUUUGAAUGGCAAACGGGAAAUUUCAGGUCGGUUGCCGUGGAGAUCGCGACUAAGAAAAAGGUUGUUUUAAGUUAGUCGCUUGUAUUAGCCUUUUAAAAUAACAAUUUAGGACUUAAAAUGGAUGCCAGUGUGGAGGAUAAUGCCCCCAAGCCAAGGGAAUCGGAGUGCAAAUUGGCCAAAACGGAGGAGUCCGAAAAGCCAGCAAUUAGCAUUGGAUUACUGCCGAUCAUGAUAUUUCUGGCCGCCACGGUGACCACGGCGGUGGUGGUGGAACUCCUGCCGCAUGCCAACAAGGUUUUCCCCUGGAAAUCCACAAAUUCUCUGGAGGAUCAGCGCCCGCCAGCGCCCACAUACGCGAUUUUCGGCCGGAGUCCCACGGAGGAGCACCUGGUGCAUGUGGUCAGUGUGCUGCACCAGUUUGGCUACCAACGAGUGGGCGUCAACGAGAGCUGGAACCUCCUGUGGGCCCACGAUUAUCCCUUUCUCUCGCUCGCCAACCUCAAGAAUCUCGGCCAGCAUCAGGUGGUGAAUCACCUACCGGGCUGCGGCUAUCUAACCAACAAGGUGGACCUGUGCACCACCAAGCUGCCCUUCCUGCCGCCUGCCUUCCGAUUGCCCGCCCAGCGGGAGGAGUUUCUCGAGUAUGCCCGAGAUAAUCCCAAAGCACUUUUUGUCCAGAAACACAAUGAACACCGGCACAUCAAAGUGCGAGCUCCCGCGGACAUAGCCUACGGAUCCAACGACUCCUUUGUCCAGGAGUUCGUCCAACGGCCAUUCCUCGUGGACGGUCACAAGUUCGAUAUCGGAGUCUAUGUGGUCAUCACCUCGGUGAAUCCCCUGCGUGUUUAUAUCUACACGGGCGACGUUCUAUUUCGGUACUGCCCCGUGAAGUACCAUCCCUUCGAUGCCGAGAAUGUGGACAAGUACAUUGUGGGCGACGACUAUCUGCCCACCUGGGAGGUGCCUUCGCUGCGCAAGUACUACAAUCGCUUUGGCGGCAGCAUGCGCACCGUUUUCGAGGCCUAUGUCCGAGAUCAGGGGAUGGAUCCCGCCAAGAUUUGGCCCCAGGUGGAGCACAUAAUCCGCACAACGAUUGCGGCCAAGGAUCGGGACAUUGUGAAUAUUCUAGGCUCCUACAGGACACAUAACUUCUUCGAUCUGAUGCGAUUUGAUCUGUUCAUCGACGAGGAUCUAAAGGUCUUUCUCAUGGAGGCCAACAUGUCUCCCAAUCUCUCUUCGGCUCAUUUCAAGCCCAAUUCGCUUUUGUACGAGCAAGUUCUGUACAGUGUGUUCAAUCUGGUCGGAAUAAGGCCACUAACUGCAGCAAGUAAAAGCUUGUUUGGUGAAAGCAGCGAAAUGAUCACAGCCGAUAAGAACCUGGCCACCGACUUAAACAAAUGCGCUGCCCACGACUGCGACAAGUCCUGCAACAAGGCCGAGUGCGAUCUCUGCCUGCAAUGCCUCAGUGGAUCGGAGUACCGAAUGCUGCAGCAAGCUCAUCAGGAGCACUUGCAUCGCGUGGACAUGAAGCGCAUUUUCCCCCAACCAAUUCGGGAUCUGAAGAACUUCAAUCUGAAUGCGGAGAUUACUAACAUGUCGAAGAGAAACUCUUGGAUGACACGCUGGUUCUAUAACAAAUGCCAAUUCGAUGCUGCCUGGUGCAAUUAGAUAGUAGUAAUUGAAUAUUUAUGUAAAUACUUCUUGCGACUUGGUAACCUCUUAUGCUCAGCAUUAGUAAAUUGGCCACCGAUUGUGCUUAGUUCUAAACGGAAAGAAUAGAAUGUUGUUAGCCAUGCAGUCAUUAGAAUUCAGUGCAAAUUGUGAACUAUUUUUAGAACUCCAAGCCGGAGCUUGCUCUGCUCUGUGGUGCUUUAAUUGACAAUGAAAACAUGUACAAAACCGUCCUUAAAUUAAUUCGAAUAUUUACGUCUAAAAUUACUUAAGCAAAAAA